GAUGCGCCUCUUUGCUCUUCCACACUUGGCAAAGUCAUUUUGCACAGCUACAAAGAAAGCAUCUCGAGUCCUCCUGCCGCCAGGGGCGCAGCUAGCGUGGUUAUGUUUCAAAGGGGCGGCGAAGGAGGACGGGGAGGGCUGGAGAAAGGCCGUGGAAAGAGCAAAGGAUGGAUCCGCGCUAAGCUGCUACGGCAGCUGCAGCUCCUCGCUGGCAAUGGCUGUGAAAGACCCCACAGCUGUUGAGCGAGCAAAUUUACUGAAUAUGGCUAAAUUGAGUAUCAAGGGACUAAUUGAAUCUGCUCUGAGUUUUGGCCGAACUCUUGAUUCUGACUAUCCACCUCUGCAACAGUUCUUUGUUGUCAUGGAGCACUGCCUGAAACAUGGCCUUAAAGUAAAGAAGUCUUUUCUUAGUUACAAUAAAACAAUAUGGGGCCCUCUGGAGCUUGUCGAGAAGUUGUACCCAGAAGCUGAGGAAAUCGCUGCUAGUGUUAGAGACUUGCCUGGUCUCAAGACACCACUAGGACGUGCUCGGGCUUGGUUACGACUGGCACUUAUGCAAAAAAAGAUGGCAGACUAUCUACGAUGCCUCAUCUUUCAAAAGGAUCUGCUUGGCGAAUUUUAUGAAUAUCAUGCACUAAUGAUGGAAGAAGAAGGAGCAGUUAUUGUUGGCUUGCUUGUUGGGUUAAAUGUAAUAGAUGCAAACCUGUGUGUAAAAGGAGAAGACUUGGAUUCACAAGUUGGUGUGAUUGAUUUCUCUAUGUAUUUAAAGAAUGAAGAUGAUAUUGAAAGCAAAGAAAGAAAUGACCAUGUUGCUGCUAUAUUGGAUCAAAAGAAUUAUGUUGAAGAAUUAAACCGACAGCUGAAUAGCACAGUCAGCAGCCUCCAUACACGCGUUGAUUCACUAGAAAAGUCAAACACUAAACUAAUUGAAGAGUUAGCAAUAGCCAAAAAUAAUAUAAUUAAACUUCAAGAAGAAAAUCAUCACUUAAGAAGUGAAAACACACUCAUUUUAAUGAAAACACACCAGCAUCUAGAGGUGAACAAAGUGGAUGCUGAAGCAGAACUUCAGACAUACAAACACUCCAGACAAAGCCUGGAUGAAAUGUACAAUGAAGCACACAGACAGCUUCGAGAAGAAUCACAGUUAAGACAAGAUAUAGAGAAUGAACUGAUGGUCCAAGUUGGUAUGAAGCAUGAAAUUGAACUUGCAAUGAAGUUGUUGGAGAAAGAUAUACAUGAAAAACAAGACACCCUGAUAAGUCUGCGGCAACAGUUGGAGGAAGUCAAAGCAAUAAAUGUAGAAAUGUACCAAAAGCUACAAGUUUCAGAUGAUGCCACGAAAGAAAAGAACGAACUCAUUGGCCGACUUGAGGAUAAAACCAGUCAGAUUACUGCAACUAUGAAGCAACUGGAGCAAAGAUUACAACAAGCAGAGAAGGCUCAAAUGGAGGCAGAGAGUGAAGACAAGAAAUUUAAACAAGACUAUAUGAGUAAAUCUGAAAGUCUACAGAAAGAAAUUGUCCAAAAGGAGAAGCAAGUUUGUCAGCUGGAAACAGAUUUGAAAAUAGAAAGAGAAUGGCGACAAACCAUGGAAGAAGACCUUAAAAAAGAAAAAGAAACAUCAUUUUCCCUGAAGACAGAGACUCAACAAAUCAUUACUCUUAAAAAAGAGUUCCUAAAAUUACAGGAAAAAAACAAGCACCUGAAAAAUCUAUGCCAUGAUCAAGAAGAAGCUCUCCAAGAACUGGCUGGCAAACUUAGCGAAUCAAAGCUUAAAAUAGAAGACAUAAAGGAAGCAAACAAAACAUUGCAGGGACAGGUCUGGCUAAAAGACAAAGAAGCUACCCACUGCAAAUUAUGUGAAAAGGAGUUUUCUCUUUCCAAAAGGAAGCAUCACUGUAGAAACUGUGGUGAAAUUUUCUGCAAUUCCUGCUCUGACAACGAACUGCCUUUGCCAUCUUCGCCAAAGCCUGUACGAGUCUGUGAUUCCUGCCAUGCCCUGCUCAUACAAAGGUGUUCUUCCAGUGUGCCAUAAGAGUAAUCUACAGAAGAUUUAUAAAAUGUCCUUACUUCACUACAAUGAGUUGUACUGUUGCUGUACAAACUCCUGCAACGUUGGCCAAUGCUUGUUAUUGUCAAAAUCAUCUAAACAUCCAAUCCUAAAUCAUUGUGCCAUUGUGAUAUUCCUGCAGUGCCAGCAUGGUCCUAUUUUGUGAGGUUCUGCUAAUGCAGCAAUUGAUCUUAAGAAUGCAUCUAUUUGUGCAAUGCACUUUAUUAAUAUUUUAAGAAUAUAGGCAGGAUGUUUUGCAUUCCAUGCAUUUGUUUUAUCACACAAGUAAACUAUUUCAAUAGCAAGUGCAGAAUAUUGUAUUUUCACCUUAUUUUUAAAAGGUUCUUAGUUUGGGGACAGGUUGGCAGUGGCCAAAGAAGCUUAGAAGUCUGAAAGGAGCUGGACGUGGCUUUAAGGGUUGAGUUGAGGUUCAGCAUCUUGUGCAGCUUUGUAUCCCUCUUACCCCCCCCCAAAAAAAACCUUCCUUUGAAUUGCUCCUUUGUUGGUGCAAAAUUAAUUGGGAAGAUUACAUUAGAAGCAAAUGGAUCUAAUUAAUAUAUUUCUGGUGACAGAAUUUGGUUUCCUUGGAUGUACAUAUGUCUAUCCCUAGAUGUAAGAAUCUAGCAAGCUAAAGCUAAAAUUCCAGCCUUUUAGUGCAGCAGUUUCAAUGUGCAUGUGGUAGAGAAGUUGGAUACACGAUGGAGAGAUUGAAGAUGUUUUGGCAGCUGGAGGAUCCAUCUUUGGAGACACCAGUCCAGAAUCACAAAGAACUUUGUCCGGGAGAUCUCUCCUUGUUUGUUGUGUGCAGGGCUUUUGAAGAAGAAUGAACAGAAGGAAGGCCAGGUGAGUGGGGUGAUUCUGAAGAGAAUAUCCUGGAUUAGGAGAUCAUGGAAUGUUUGUAGGGCGUUCAUUCCAUCCCGUUUCAACAUUCAGGGGAGAGAAUACUUGUUAGAGAUUUCUGAAAGAGGGUAUCCUGAUCUCGUGUCCAGUCAGAAUCUAGUUCCUUAGUUCUCCCCAUAACAUGAUGUAGUGCAGCAGUCACAAAAUUUAUUAAAUAAAUAUUAUAUGGAAGGGUAAAGAACACUGGCUAACUUGAUGGAUGUCUGUUUUUUUCCCCUUUACCUUGUCACAAACUGAUUGAUUGGUAACUAAAUGGCCCGAAAAACAAUACAAAUCAGUUGAGAGUUCUGUAUCUAUUUCUGCCAGGCUGCCUGGGGGUGGGAUGGGUGGAAGUGAUGAAUACGGUAAAAUUGGGGUGAUUUAAGGUAUUUGUAUUACAAAAGCUCAGAUGAUAGGAGCACUACACUUCAUACAUUAAACAAAUUUCUAAAGUCUAUGAAAUCUUAUUAAAGCAUAGUCAAGAAUACUUACACAGUAAAAUUUAAGUGCUAAUUUUAAAAAGUCUAAUUGAACAUUUGUCCCUAUAAUAUAGGUUUUAUGCAUAUCCUUAUACAUAUAGAAUUUGUACCUUGAAGCGCAUAUUAUAUCCUUAUUUGUUAACUUACAAGCAAACUGCCUAUUUUUAUGAUCCUUUGAAACAGGAAUUGACUUUAGACUACCAAGCAUAGCAAACGUAUACUAAAUUUAAUAAAACAUGUCAAGACGAGCCCUGGAUGGAAUUAUUUGUGCCAUUUUAUUUAAUUGGUACAUCUGGUGCAGCUGGAUUAUAAUUAAUUAAAAUUUUAAUGUUAUUUUGUUUCAUCGUCCAAGGUAAACCUCUGCACAAAACCAUAAUGCUUAAGUCUAAAAAGAGGACUGUUGUAAGAGGAAAUGGUGGUGGCAGCAGUCUUGUUGACUUGCAAAGGGGGCAUUUUUUGUGUCCAAUACAUGAGUACCACAACAACCCAUUUCUCACUUUGACUUUGGGAGAACUAUUCCUAUCGAAAAAUAUUUGAUAGGUGGUUUAUCUUUUCCUUGUAGGGCUUCUGCAUCUUAAGCAUAACAGGAAAUUUAACAGAUGGAUUGUACCUUCUAAUUCUGCCAUUUUCACAUUUCCUAUGCUGAAUUUUUGCUUGUCAUAGAGUUGUUAACAUACAGGGUCCCUAAAGCAGUUUCUACACCAGUGGCAACCCCUACACUUUCAAGACCGCUCAGUUUCCAUUUGGUAAAGGGAGCACAAUAAACAGAACUACAGCACUGCAAAUAAUUAUAACUAGCCACUUCCUUACUCCUCAAGCUGUGACUAGUAUACUGCUUGGUGCAGGAGAACUUGGACUAUAUUUAAUAGCUGCAAUUCAAAAGGGGAACUUUAUGCUUCAACUGUCCAACUAAGCUGUUGCAGAAGAUGCUGAGAAAUGUGUCUAGUCCCAAAGCCCGCUAUUUCCAAACAACUUACUUCCACAGUGUCUUUUAAAACUGGAAAGCAUCUACAGACAUGACUCUCUUCACAUUCUCCUGCUGCGUCUGAAAAGGUAGAUGAGAAAUGCCAUGCACUUUUUGAUGCUAGAAAACUUUCAUCUCUAUUUGACUGGAAAUGCUUCUAGUGUUUAUCAAAGUGGUAAAUUCAAAAUACAAACUAAUGGACUGCUUAAGCUAGUCUUAACUACUGGGUAUGAAAAUUAUGUAUCAGCUUUGCCUGGCAUCUGUGUAUGUUUUCAUACUCAACACCUUAAGUUUUUUCUUUUUCUACUAGCACUAGUAUGGCAGAUGUGACGUAGUGACUAUUCGCUGCAUGAUUGGGAUCUGAAUGGGCAGUUUUCUCAAGUCUGUAUAACCAACUCAUACAAUUUCAGGUAUUACAUUUGGUCAAAGAGGUAAUGAGACUGCCCAUCACUGGUAGAAACAGGCUUAGAAUUGCCUUUUUCCAACAAAACUUCAUUCCUGCACAUAGAAAUGUAGCUAUUCUCUCAGAACAGGCUUUCAGUAUCUAUGGUGCAUGUGUGCCAAGAGUUUAUUUACUAGCACAACUUUUGUAAUGUUUUAACAUGACUUUUGUAACUUUAAAUACAAAUGUUUGUAAUUUUGUGUGUUGGAAACAUUAAAUACUUGACAAUU